ACAACGCCUGGUUCCUCUCGGGUCCUUCCGGCGUCGCCGGAGUGAAUUGAUCCGGGAGUUGAAGAGGGCUCGAAGGUGGGAAGUGAAGUCAGUGCCUCAGUGGCCGGUAAGGUGCGGCUGUUCCGUCUCCGUUCCUGUAGCCCUGCGCAGAGCCUAAGAGGUCAAUAUAUGUUUUGUGACCUAUUCUUUUACGACAAAAAAAGAGAGAAGAAAUACUGCAGUGAAUGAAGAUUCCUCUGCAUUUUAGCACUGCUUUUUCUACUGUAGUUGGCUUUUGAAUGAGGAUGACAAUGGAAGAGAUGAAGAAUGAAGCUGAGACCACUUCCAUGGUUUCUAUGCCUCUCUAUGCAGUCAUGUAUCCUGUGUUUAAUGAGCUAGAACGAGUAAAUCUGUCUGCAGCUCAGACACUGAGAGCAGCUUUCAUUAAGGCUGAAAAAGAAAAUCCAGGACUCACACAAGACAUCAUAAUGAAAAUUUUAGAGAAAAAAAGUGUAGAAGUUAACUUCACAGAAUCACUUCUUCGAAUGGCAGCUGAUGAUGUAGAAGAGUAUAUGAUUGAACGACCAGAGCCAGAAUUCCAAGACCUAAACGAAAAGGCACGGGCACUUAAACAGAUUCUCAGUAAGAUCCCAGAUGAGAUCAAUGACAGGGUGAGGUUUCUGCAGACAAUCAAGGAUAUUGCUAGUGCAAUAAAAGAACUUCUUGAUACAGUGAAUAAUGUCUUCAAGAAAUAUCAAUACCAGAACCGCAGGGCACUUGAACACCAAAAGAAAGAAUUUGUAAAGUACUCCAAAAGUUUCAGUGAUACUCUGAAAACCUAUUUUAAAGAUGGCAAGGCAAUAAAUGUGUUCAUGAGUGCCAACCGACUAAUUCAUCAAACCAACUUGAUACUUCAGACCUUCAAAACUGUGGCCUGAAAGUUGUAUAUGUUAAGAGAUGUACUUCUCAGUGGCAGUAUUGAACUGCCUUUAUCUGUAAAUUUUAAAGUUUGACUGUAUAAAUUAUCAGUCCCUCCUGAAGGGAUCUAAUCCAGGAUGUUGAAUGGGAUUAUUGCCAUCUUACACCAUAUUUUUGUAAAAUGUAGCUUAAUCAUAAUCUCACACUGAAGAUUUUGCAUCACUUUUGCUAUUAUCAUUCUUUUAAGAAUUAUAAGCCAAAAGAAUUUACGCCUUAAUGUGUCAUUAUAUAACAUUCCUUAAAAGAAUUGUAAAUAUUGGUGUUUGUUUCUGACAUUUUAACUUGAAAGCGAUAUGCUGCAAGAUAAUGUAUUUAACAAUAUUUGGUGGCAAAUAUUCAAUAAAUAGUUUACAUCUGUUAAACAUU